CAGUCACAGCGUGAACGUACAAAUGGUAUCAUGUGUGUGUCGGUUGAAUUUGUUUAGUGUGCGUUUAUGAUUCGGUCUGGAAUUACACCAACCCAAGAGCCCAACAGGCAAGCAGUGAAUGAAUAAGAAUUCUGAACUGAUUUUUAGAAUUCAGUUGCACGGUGACUUGCUAUGCAAGCGGUUAAUGAACGCGCAAGUUGUAGUGAAAAGCUCUUAGUGAAUGCAUUGUUUAUUGUUGUUUUAAUGGCAAAUAAAAACGUAGCAGUGCAAAUGAAAUGCAAAUGAAGCAACAAAGUGAAUUUAAAUGAAAAAAGUGAUUUACAGGCCAAAAGUAAGCUCACAAGUAGAAAUGUUAUUUUAAGUGAAAUAUACGCAAGAAUAUAUGCUAAAAAAUACUCAUGAAAAUUUAUAAAAUUUAAGAAAAAUAAUAACAGCAAAUAGGGUGGAUUACAAACAGAAAUCAAACUCACAACGCCAAAAACAAAAAAAAUAAAUAAAAUAAAAACAAAUAUAAAAAACAUAUAAGACCAGCACAAAUCCUGUCUAAGAACGAACCUGAGAAAGGACGAACGCAUAAAAACGUUAUUUUGAGGUUAAGAGAGUUGCAUCGAUGCAAGCACAUGACCAGGCGAUAAAUCAAGCAUAACCAAGGUCCAACUCAAAUAUUGUAAUAGUUACAAGGAAAACUUUCUACAGUUUUAUUUAUAACUGGAAACUGGGAUGACAGCUGAACAAGACUUAAAUUAAAAUUACCAACCAUACACUAUAGAGAAGAAGUACACGGUAAAAAGUUAAAAACAAGUGACAAAAUUGUGAGCAAAAAAAGAGUUAAGUCAAAAAAAAAAAUUAAAUACAACGAAAUAUUGCAACUCUUUUCCAGUUGUUGCAAACGACUGUCAAAAACUUGUCAAACCAGCACAAACGCAAUAAAAAAAACAGCAAAAUAUCUGCUAAUACACUGUAAAAAAGAAACACAAAAGGAAAAAAUAGGGGACUCACAUUUUGUUUGCAAGGCAAUAACACUGAAAAGUACUUGUAGUUGGCAGCGCCAAAGCGUAGUAAAGUAGCAGAAAGUGUAGUAGCACAAGACGUCAACUUCAACGUCAAUGUCAACUACGUAAAGCAUAAACUACGUAGAGCAUAAAAUACAUUAAAGACAUAACUAAGCCCAUUUGAUAGCAUAAAAAGAGUCCAUUUGUCGGUCUCUAUUCGGCUGGUGGGUCCGUGUCCGAGCUGCCAUUGAUGUACAUAGCUGCAGGGAAGUUUUGAUGCGGCACAAAUGCGUAUAACAAACGAUAACGAAGGAUUACGAUAUGCGGCCAUGUAGAUAAUGUAGAGUUUUCGAAACCAAAUAAAUAGAAAAAACCGGUAGCAAUAAAAAAACUUAAUAAAAAAUAAAAAAUUGUAUGAAAAUAAAUUGCAACAACAGCGGCAGCAAUAUUGGCUUGAUGUGAUGCCCGCAAGGACUUUCGUUCUUUUUAUUUUCUUGUAGCGUAGUUUACUUUUAGAUGAUUUGACAACAAAGGAUAAACAAAAGCACAAAAUAAGGGAAAGAAAAAGGAAAAGAAAAGCACAAAACCCGAAAGCCAACAUUUUGCCAUCUAAGAAAAACAAUUACCUCGAAACCCAAGGAGUAGCACAAAAAUAUUUGAUAGUGGCGUACAAAUAAAAAAUCCUCACAAAACAAAUAAUGCGAAAGGAUAAAAUAAUACAAUCUAAAGCAGCAGCAGUACCAGCUCCAGUUCCACCAGCAGCAACAGCAACAGUAGUGGAAACUCUGCCAGAUACAGUAACCAAAUACAAUAUAAGCGAACCGCAACUGUCACAGUCACAGUCACAGUUACAGUCACAAAAAAUAUAUAAACCUGCAGAAACAUAUCAGGAUACAGAACAGCUCUCAAAGUGGGAGUCAAAGAGGCCAACGGCAGCAAGCACAAUGUCCUUGCGCGAAGCUAAAACGAUAAAGGAACCCAGCAUUUUAAACUCAACGUGUUACGCAACGGAAAGUACAGCGGCAGCAACAUCACUAAUAGCAACAGCAACAGCAACAUCAGCAGCAAUAGCAACAGCAAAAAAUAUAAACAAAGCACAAAUAUUGAUGCCAAAUGCAGUUACAACAAAUACUAGUCGCCUACAAGCACUCAACGAACAACAUAAGAAGCUGGAGCAUGCCCUUCAACAGCAGCACAAUUUCACACAACAACAGCAAUUACACAAUCCCAAGCACAGUUGUGGUCAUAAGCAACAACUACUGCAGGAGAAACAGCAACAUCAACAGCAACUGAAGCAGCAUCAGCAUCAGCAACAGCAACAGCAACAGCAACAUAAACCAUUAAAGCCAACAUUCCAACUAACAACAACAACAAAACAGUCAGUCUCCUUGUUCCAUUUAUGUUUCUACGUGAUGUGCGUCGGUUCAUUUGGAUUUUCAUUAUACUGCUUGGUGCGACAGUCACAUGCUGAUGAGCGCUUAAGACAUCUACGACAACUUGACGAUCGAAUAGACUUCAUUGAAUUGCAGCAGCAACAAUUGCAAUUACAAUUACAACAGCUAACAACAGUACAUGUUGCUGACACUAACAACAACUACAACUACAAUAACAACAAUAAAUACGAUGACAAUAUGCUACCACCGCAGCAAUUCCAAGAAACGGAGCAAUCAGAAAAUUUGCAUACACCACAGCCGGCGGUUAUAUCAGCGCAAGCGAUGCGUUUGCUAACGCGACAAGUGGGCGAUUUGCAGCGUUUACGGCGUGAUGUGUCGCAACUGCAGUUAACACGACGGCAACAGCGACGACAAGCGGCAAUGUCAGCAACGAAUGCAUCCGGCGGUGGUGCUUUGGGUCCAUUUGGUGAACACAGCAACGAGUGUGCGUGUGUACCAGUAUUAAAUGUCCGUUUCAAACGUUCAUAUGUGCAAUACAGUUGCGUAAUGGCGGCGAAAGGAUUUAGCAGUAGUUCACUACAUUCUCAAACCCUUACGUUAUAA